AUGUCCGCCAACUGGGACAUGUUGGUCAUAGAGGACGCAAGCGAGGAACAAUUGAACAGAACCGUGUCGUUUGCCGCUUGUCUUCUCGAUCUUGGAAAUGGGAUGUCCCAAGAGUGGCGGUUCACCGCAAACAAUCACAACACCUAUAUCACAUAUUACAUGCGCACCAAUCUCAACAGAAAUGUUAUCAUAAAAAUUGCUGACGAUUUGGUUCUCGCAAGAAUGGAGUAUCUCAUGAAAAUUUAUCAAGGAUAUGAGAGAUCUCAAGGAAAAAUGAACUGGCAGUGUGCAAUCAAUCUCAUCAACGAGUACUUGUCCGAAACUGCGCUUCUUGGAGAAUUCGAAUAUCGUAACUUCUCUGGAACUAACGCAUGGUCAGCUCCAAGGCCACAUAAAGACGGACAAGGAUUUCGUGAGGGAUAUAAGCGCGUUACCGGCCAACGAAGAGAUCUUUUGCAAGGGAACUUAAUGCCUGGAUACGAUUGGCUGUUCAGCAACAAACUUACAAGUUCGAAGCCAUGUACAAGAUUGGAGAGCGUGUAUCGCGCCCGUCAGCAAUCUCUUCUCUUUGGAAAACAAAUUGAAAAGCCAAAAGAAUGGCAGUACGACGAGUGGAGACAUGAUUUUCUCCAGCAGCAAGGAGAGAAGACGAUGGUUGAGGAACACAAACCGAGCGACAGAUGGCUCAUUUGCUCUUUUAUCGGAUUGAUUAAUCGCAGAGAAUACAGAGAGUUCCGUAUUCGUUAUACCACUGAGAUGAUGAACUUCGAUGUUCUAGAUAAGGAAGCUUUAAUCGAUAACGUUCAUGCAAAGAUUAAUGCAAGAGAAGAAAUCUCGGAAUACAAGUUCAUGUGGGCUUGCAUCAGAGCUGCUGUCAACAUUAACAAUGCUAAAUACUUGUAUGCUCUUUUCCAACAAGGACCAGAAGCUCUUGACCGUUUUGAGGAUGAGAACAUGAAUGAGACACUGACAGACUGGAGUGAAUCUGGACCAAUCGAGAAUUUUUAUCGCUACUUCAAUAAGACUCUCCACUACCAAACAAAAAUUCCUGCUAAGCCAAUGGAGAAAAUUCACCCGGAGGUUACCAGAUCUGCUGUCGAAUUCAUCAAUCAGUUCAAGGAAAAUGGCACAUCAGAUGGUGGCUCCAGCGAUGAACAUUUCAAAUCGCACGCACUCACUGAAGCUGAUAUUUAUCCCGGCGAAUCUUCACAAUCUGGACCGAAAGAGUCAGAUGUUAAACAAGUCACUCAGGAAGGCCAAGUUCAGAAAGGAACCAAAGUUGAAAAGACUUCUGAAAAGGUGACAUCAGUUGUUUCCGCUCCAGAGGACAAAAUCGUUGUUUUGGAAAAAGACAUGAUUACCAAGAAAUCUGUUGAUACAAAGUUGGAAGCGAAAUCUUCUUUUCUCUUCGAACGCAAAAGUCUUUCUUAUGCAAAAGUUGUCCAAAAGUCUCUUCCAUCAGCAAAUGGAUCACCGAGAAGUGAGAGUCCAAAACAAGGAGAAAAUUUCUCUGAGUCGGUUACGAAACUUUCUGAAGGCAAACCAGAAACAGGACAGCUAGAAAAUCAAGUCGAUGAGAAAAAAGAAGAGAAUGCAUCACCUUGGAAGCAAGUCGGCCCAAAACAUAAUGGCAAUCGCUCAAACAACAACAAGAAAAAUGGAGGAAAUAAGAAAAAUAACGGCGGCCCAUCUGCUUCUCCACCAAAGCAAGAACCAAAGAAAGUUGUUCUUCCAGUAACCGACGAUUUGAAACGUAGAGGAGCUCCUUCUUCCAAAGAUGAAACUGACACAAAAGAAGUUUCAAAAAAAGAAGUUUCCAAAAAAGUGCCGAACAAAGCUCCUGUUAAGAAUGAUGGCAAGAUGAACAACAAGAAACCGCCUGCAGCAAGCAAAAAGGUGGAAGAACCAACUAAACCCGUCGGGCCAAAAGAAGCAAAUCUGAAGCUUGAGAAAGAAGAGAAAGUAUCCGAUGAGAAGGAUAAUGGUCUUCUGGCUAAAGAAGAUAUGAAACAUGAUUCAGAGCCUUGCUCAUCGAAUGCUUAUUAUUUGCUCUCAUCGAAUCAAGAGAUGGCAGAGCAGCCAGAAACACCAGAAAUGCCAGAAGAACCCAAGAAACCCACAAAGACCGCUUUACGAAAGGCAAGGAAAGCAGCUGCGCUGUUGGAACUACAAAAAUCGAAUUCUUUGGAAUCUGAAGCGGUGGUGAAACUUGUUAUGGCAGCUGAUGACAAGACAGCUGUUGAGGCAAAUUUUGAUGUUGAAGUUCAAGAACUCAACAAGAAAAAACAAGAUGAAGACGCUAAGAAGUGUGAGGAGUCUGAGAAAGACGUUGAGUUGAAGCCUGAUGAUAUAGGAAAGAUUGAGGACGCUUUGAAAAAUGAAGACGCAUCUAAGAAGGAAAAUGAGCUCAUCAAAGAAGGCAUCUCUUUGAAGAAAGAAACAACAAAACAAAACCAUGCCUCCAAAAAAGAGGACGCAUCCAAGAAAACAAAUGAAUCCAAGGGAGAAGACGAAUCAAUAAAAAAGGAUCAAUCACUAAUGGAAAGCUCAUCCAGGAAGGAGCUGACUCCUGUUGAAGCUGUUUUCUCUGACAGCAUGGCGACGUUGUAUGUCGAAAACGCUAUACUCACAGCGCAAGGAUAUUGGAUAGCCCCAUACGCCCCAGCAGGGCAAAUUUCCUCUAAUGCGCCGAAUGAUGCACCUGCUCAGAAGUCCGGUGACACCAAUGCUGAGACCGAUAAAUACAUUCCAGGACAGAAAAUUACUUAUGACUAUCGUCCAGAAGUUUACCCUGAUGCGGCUGAUUAUCCAUUCGAUGGAUCAACAACUUCGGAACAAACUGAAUCAGUCAAGCAAGAAGAGUUGAGAGAAGAAACGGAAAACGAUACAGAUAGUAACCAACCUCUUGCAACUUAUGACGCGGAUGGAGAGAAAGAAAUUGAGCUCGCAAAUCCUGAUCAAAUGUUUCCUGAACGUACUUGUGACCCCGAUCUUCAUGAUAUGUUCCGCCGUUUGAAGUUUAUUUACGAUAAGCAAUCUACUGGAGGACUUCGAAACUUCAACGAAAGAAAGAAGAAUGUCGUCAAGAAGAGACUCAAGACAUUCAUGAACGUUUACAUUUUCCGUUAUAGAAUCGCAAAAGCCAUGCUUCACAUUCUAGAACAGGAUAUUGUCGCCGACCUUUCUGGAAUGCGCGAGCGUAGCGUUAUUAGAAAUCUGUGCGGUUACAUUGGCGAGAAAGUUGAAGAAGACUCCGACACAUUGCGUGGUCGAAACCUCGACAGACUCACUGAGAAUAUUCGAUUGGCUGGUGUGAUGGAGGGUGAAACAAUAAUCAGAGGACUUCGUUACAUUGAUUUGAGACUCUCCGAACUGGACACCACGGAUCCACUCCAUGAACAGUACCAGGCAAUCAGCAACAGAGUCUACGACCUGAUGACAAAACAGCAGACCCUUGUGGUUUACUUGGGAGGAAGUGUGGAUUACCGUGGAUACAAAAACCAUAAUUGA